AUGCCGCCACGUAUCACACAAGACCCGCACUUGGUGCAACCCCCCGACUUCGAGUCGGAACAAUUCCGGGCGCUUUACGCCACCUUAGCCACCGCCGAGCGCACAGUGGACGCUAUCAUAGCCGACUCCCAAAAUGCUUGGACCCAGAACAACGACGCGCAAAGAGUCGCGUGGAACGCCCAGGUCGAGCAAGACCACGCAGAAGAAGAGGAAGCUAGGGCAGCUCAGGAGCAAGCAAAGCAAGAGGCCGCCGAAGCUGAGAAGCGUGAGAGGGAGAACAAACGGCCCAAGAUAAAAUCCUUCACCCCGAACAAGACGGUCGGGAAGUUGUCAUCUCGUCGACCUUCCCGCUAUGCGAUCCACAAGAUCGAACAACUCGAGUACGUUGAGCUCUACUAUUUCACCAAGGAGGCCUGUCUUGAGGCCGAGAGGACGGAAUACUCAGUGGCGAGGGGCACCUUCACCCUGAUGGCUGACGGAGAGAACGUGCUGGCAAAACCCGCCGCUGCGUACAAGCCAUCCACAAAGCUCGACAAGCACCCAAUCAGCGACCUAGAGGGGGGAGAAACCGCUGUUCUACUGUACCAGGCGCGCAUCCGCCGUAGGUGGAUGGAAGACCUCAAGAGCACCAAUGACGAGGAAGUCUUCGACAUCAGUGUUGUCAAUGACAAACGGCUGGAUGAAAUGUACAGCGAGGUGCUCAACCUCCGUCAGGCCCAAGGCAUUAAACGGUCAGUCACCAUUUCAUUCACAAGCUGA